CCUCUCCUACCAGAUCGAGCCGCCACCUCCCUCCCCAUCCCCGCGCGCUACCAUCCGCUCCUCCUCUUCUGCCCGCGCAUGCACAGCCUUGGCUCCUGCUGCUCUUCCCGAUUGAGGAGGGGGAGGAGAGCGAGAGGGGCAGCAUGGUGGCCAGCGAGGGGAGCACCAUCACGGGAGCCGCGUCCUCCCGGUCCACGACCACGUCUUCUGCGACCGCGACGGCCGGGGUCAACAACCUCGACCUCAAUGGCGUCGGCCUCGUUGGCGCCCUGCCCCCCACCUUCUCCUCCCUCGAUGCGCUGCAGGACCUCAGCCUCCAGACCAACGCGCUCUCCGGCCCGCUCCCCUCCUUCCGCGGCAUGGCGGCCCUCCGCCACGCCUACCUCAAUGACAACGCCUUCUCCUCCCUCCCCAAGGACUUCUUCGACAGCCUCGACAGCCUCGAGGAGAUCUGCCUCGACAACAACCCGCUCCUGCCAAUCCAUCUCUACUAUUCUUCUUCUACCUCUGCCUCGACCCCUCCUCCCCUUGUAUUCUUCUUCUACCUCUGUUGUUCUUCCUUUCCACAUCACAUCUCAAGUGGUCGUGUGCAGGCACUGUCCAUCCAUCUCAUCUCCUUGCAUGGUGAAGGUGACUAGGCCAUGGAGAGAAAAGCUCCUGCCAAUCGCGAUCGACAUCGUGAAGAACAAGCUCAACAAUAUCCAUUGGCACUCACCUUCGGAGCACACCAUCAACGGCGAGAGGUUUGCGGUGGAGCAACACAUGGUUCACUUCAGUGACGACGGCAACAUAUCAGGUCACCUAUGUAUGCGAGAGGCUCCUGGAACACGUGUGCUGUACCUCGGAGCUGCCUUUGGAACAACCGUGUCUCAUGUGUCUGACAUUGUUGGACCGACUGGGUUGGUGUAUGCCGUUGAGUUCUCUCACCGGAGUGGUAGGGACCUUGUCAACAUGGCCAAGAAGAGGACCAAUGUCAUCCCCAUCACUGAGGAUGCUAGGCACCCGAAAAAGUAACGGAUGCUGGUCGGCAUGGCUCAAGCUGUACCAGAUCAAGGAGCUCUGGGCUGAAGAAUUUUGAAGAAGCUUGAAGCCCGACAAAGUAAAGAGUAGCGAGUAAUAAUGUAGUGGUAGUUAUGUUGUACAGUAGCCAGCAUAUCUGGUUGUAUGAACACUAUUGUAAAUACUGUAAUUUCGUAUUUGUACAGUAGUCAGCAUAUUUGGUGCUAAUAUUGGCUAUCAUUUUACA